AUGCGCGGGAUACGCAGCCAGUGUUAUCGUGUUCAGCAAAUACGUUGUAACCGAUAUUCAACUUCACGACGCAUCGCGAUUCCUAUUCCUCCACCGUUCCCCGUUGUGCAGUCAUGCCCCGAACCGAUGUGCCCCUGUACACCAACGCCCGCCGGCCUCGAAAUUGACCAUGACCAAGAUCUUAAUGGCACCAUGGCGCCUUACGCCCAACAAGUUCUCAUAUCCACGGGACAACGAGAUUGGCGAAGCCGAAUAGAAGAGGAUGGGCUAGAUAGGGGAUGGGGUAUACUGGGCAGCAGAUUGAAGAAACUACUGUUUCGAACGGGGAAGUUUGCUGAUCCUUAUAAUAACAUUGUCAUUACAAAUUCUUCCUUUAUACCUUCAACCGAUAAGUUAGACACAUCUCGCGCUUCAGCCCUACUCUUUCCAAGUUCUAAGUACAUUCCUGAUAUCCCACUUGAUGACGAUGGAUUGGAUCGAUUCGUUCGCGCAUUCCUUCUCCCAAUAAUCCCCCAUAGAGCGCACGAAAUUCUACCCGCCGAUAAAUUGGAAGCAAUGAAAAGGCUCCCAGAACUUCAAACUACAUUUAAGUCUAUGAAGAGCAUAGAUCAGUCGCCUACGAUUUUGAUUUGUGGGCACGGAGGUCGAGACAAACGAUGUGGAGUUAUGGGCCCUUUACUUGAGUCAGAAUUUAGCAGAGUACUGAUAGAUGAAGGUUAUACUGUUGGAAAUGCCCCAGUUGAUAAGUUGUAUCACGCGAAUAUUGGUUUGAUAAGUCAUAUUGGCGGUCAUAAAUAUGCCGGCAACGUUAUUAUAUACAUACCCUGUUCCCUAAGAUCCAACUCGGGGGAUGUUAACACGUUGGCUGGGAAAGCUAUCUGGUAUGGUAGGGUAGAGCCGAAACAUGUGCAGGGAAUCAUAAGAGAGACGAUCUUGAAUGGUCGUGUGAUAAAGGACCAUUUCCGUGGAGGUAUAGAUGGGGAUGGUACGGUGCUGCGUAUAUAG